AUGGAGAACUUUCCAAAGGAAACUGUUAUGGAGAGCAGUGGGCCAAAGGUUUUGGAAACAGCUGAAGAGAUCCAGGAGAGGCGUCAGGAGGUGUUGAGUCGGUACCGGAGGUUCAAGGAGCUGGUUGCUGAGAGGGGUCAGAAGCUUGAAGAGUCCUAUCACUACCAGGUUUUCAGGCGAGAUGCAGAUGAUCUGGAGAAGUGGAUCUUGGAGAAACUCAAGAUUGCAGAUGAUAAGAGCUAUGAAGACCCAACUAAUAUACAGGGGAAAUAUCAGAAGCAUGAAUCCUUCGCAGCAGAAGUGCAAGCAAAAUCAAGGGUCAUUCCUGAACUGGAGGAAAUCAGGAAAGUCCGAUUUCCUGAGGGGCAUUUUGCCCAUGAGGACACCAAGGUCCACCUGGAGGAACUGCACCGCCUGUGGGACCUGCUGCUGGAGCUGACCCAGGAGAAGGGCACCCUGCUGUUGCGGGCCUUGAAACUCCAGCAGUACUUGCAGGAGUGUGCUGAUAUCUUGGAGUGGAUUGGAGACAAGGAAGCUAUAGUGACAUCAGUGGAGCUGGGUGAUGACUGGGAGCGCACAGAAGUUCUACAUAAGAAGUUUGAAGAGUUUCAAGUGGACCUGGAAGCUCGGAAGGGUAGAGUGGAUGGAGUAAACCACUAUGCCGAUGAGUGUGCUAAGGUGAAGGAGUUAUGUGCCAAAGCAGACAAGCUGAAGCUUUCUCAUCCUUCAGAUGCACCUCAAAUCCAGCAGAUGAAAGAGGAUCUGGUGUCCAACUGGGAGCACAUCCGUGCCCUGGCUACUAGCAGAUAUGCAAAACUGCAGGCUUCUUACGGGUACCAGCGCUUCUUAUCUGACUACGAUGAGCUCUCAGGCUGGAUGAAGGAGAAGACCGCUCUGAUCAAUGCUGAUGAGCUGCCCACAGAUGUGGCUGGAGGGGAAGCCCUGCUGGACAGGCAUCAGCAGCAUAAGCAUGAGAUUGACGAUUAUGAUGACCGAUUUCAAUCUGCUGAUGAGACUGGUCAAGCCCUACUGGAUGCCAAUCAUGAAGCUUCUGAUGAAGUUCAGGGAAAGCUCUCAGGCUGGAUGAAGGAGAAGACCGCUCUGAUCAAUGCUGAUGAGCUGCCCACAGAUGUGGCUGGAGGGGAAGCCCUGCUGGACAGGCAUCAGCAGCAUAAGCAUGAGAUUGACGAUUAUGAUGACCGAUUUCAAUCUGCUGAUGAGACUGGUCAAGCCCUACUGGAUGCCAAUCAUGAAGCUUCUGAUGAAGUUCAGGGAAAGGCCUUUCUGGAAAAUGAGGAUCUGGGAAACUCACUGGGCAGUGUAGAAGCCCUUCUUCAGAAGCAUGAUGACUUUGAGGAAGCCUUUACUGCCCAGGAAGAGAAGAUCACGACCUUAGAUAAGACCGCAACAAAACUGAUUGACAAUGACCAUUAUGAUUCAGAGAACAUCGCUGCUAUCCGUGACGGGCUGUUGGCCCGGCGGGACGCCCUACGUGAUAAGGCUGCCAUUCGACGUAGAUUGCUGGAGGAUUCAUUAAUUCUGCAACAACUGUAUCAGGACUCAGAUGACCUAAAGAACUGGAUCAACAAGAAGAAAAAGAUGGCAGAUGAUGAAGAUUACAAAGAUGCACAGAACUUGAAAAGCCAGGUUCAAAAGCAGCAAGUCUUUGAACAGGAAUUGGCAGCUAAUGAGAUCCUGCUUAAUAAACUGGAGAAAACUGGCCAGGAGAUGAUUGAGGGAAAUCACUAUGCCUCUGACAAUGUGGCUGCUCGUGUGAGUGAAGUUGCCAGCCUCUGGAAGGAAUUGUUGGAGGCCACAGCCCAGAAAGAUAUGGCCCAAUUGGGAGCAACCAGGUCAUGGUCAAGGCAAUGCCUUUGCAUUUCUCUUUCUGAGGUUCUGACAUUUGUUUUGGAUCAGGUGGACACCCUCACAGACUUGGCUGCGUAUUUUGAAGAAAAAGGCCAUCCUGAAUCUGGGGACAUACGGGCAAGGCAGGAGUCCUUGGUGUCUCAGUUUGAAGCUCUGAAAGGGCCACUAGCCAACCGCAAGAAGAAGCUCAUUGACCUACUCCAUCUGCAGCAAAUCUGCAGAGACACAGAGGAUGAGGAGGCCUGGAUCCAAGAGACUGAACCCUCAGCAGCUUCUACCUACCUUGGCAAGGACCUGAUUGCCUCCACAAAUCUUCUGAACAGGCACCAAGUCAUCCUGUCAGACAUUGCCAGCCAUGAGCCACACAUCCAGGUGAUAACACAGAGGGGAAACAAAAUGGUAGAGGAAGGACACUUUGCAGCAGACGAUGUGGCCUCUAGGGUUGAGAGUUUGAACAAGAAUAUGGAGUCUCUCUGUGCUCGAGCUGCCAGGCGGCAGAAUGAUCUUGAGGCCAAUGUCCAGUUCCAGCAGUACCUGGCUGACCUGCAUGAAGCGGAAGCAUGGAUUAGAGAGAAGGAGCCUAUUGUAGACAACACUAAUUAUGGGGCUGAUGAAGAAGCAGCUGGGGUUCUUCUGAAGAAACAUGAGGCCUUCCUAGUGGAUCUUGAGGCAUUUGAAAACAUUAUCCAAGCUCUCCGGGAACAGGCAGAAGCCUGCCAGCAACAACAGGCUAUACCAGGAGAAGGUGCUGCUCGAGAAGAGAGGGUGGUGGCUUUAUAUGACUUCCAGGCCCGCAGCCCUCGAGAAGUCACCAUGAAGAAAGAUGAUGUCCUAACUCUGCUCAGUUCCAUCAAUAAGGACUGGUGGAAGGUCGAAGCUGAUGAUCACCAGGGCUUUGUCCCGGCUGUUUAUGUCAGGAGAUUGGCCCAUGAUGAGUUCCCCAUGCUCCCCAGGCGGCAGCGAGAAGAGACAGACAUCUCCCAGCGCCAGGAGCAGGUUGAGAACCAGUACUACUCUCUCCUUGAUCGGGCAAGAGAACGUAGACGUCGUCUAUUGCAACGUUACAAUGAAUUUUUGCUGGCCUAUGAGGCAGGAGACAUGCUCGACUGGAUCCGAGAGAAAAAGGCAGAAAACACUGGGGUGGAACUAGAUGAUGUCUGGGAGCUGCAGAAAAAGUUUGAUGAGUUCCAAACGGAUUUGAAGACCAAUGAGCCUCGGCUAAGGGAAAUCAACAAGGUAGCUGAUGAUCUGCUAUUUGAAGGACUUCUAACACCAGAAGGAUCUCAAGUCCAGCAGGAAUUGAAUGCCCGUUGGGGUUCCUUGCAGAGGCUUGCAGAUGAACAGCGGCAGCUGCUGGGCAGUGCCCAUGCAGUCCAGAUGUUUCACAGAGAUGCAGAUGACAUGAAGGAGCAGAUUGAAAAGAAGUGCCAGGCCCUCAGUGCUGCUGACCCUGGCUCAGACCUGUUCAGCGUCCAAGCCCUUCAGCGACAGCAUGAGGGCUUUGAGAGAGACCUCAUACCCCUGGGGGAAAAGGUGAUUAUAUUGGGGGAGACAGCAGAGCGGCUCAGUGAGUCCCAUCCAGAUGCCACUGAGGACCUGCAGAGACAGCGAAUGGAGCUGAGUCAGGCCUGGGAGGACCUGCAGGGGCGUACAGAGGACCGUAAGGAAAGCCUAAAUGAGGCCCAGAAAUUCUACCUGUUUCUCAGCAAGGCCAGGGACCUACAGAAUUGGAUCAGUGGCAUUGGUGGGAUGGUAUCAUCACAGGAGCUGGCUGAGGACUUAACUGGCAUAGAGAUCUUGCUGGCGCGACAUCAGGAGCAUCAUGCUGACAUGCAGGCAGAGGCUCCCACCUUCCAGGCCUUAGAAGACUUUGGUGCAGAACUGAUAGACAGUGGGCACCGUGACAGUCCUGAAAUUGAAAAUAAGCUUCAAGCUGUCCGACUAGAGAGAGAUGAUUUGCAGAAGGCUUGGGAACGACGCAAGAAGAUCCUAGACCAAUGCUUGGACUUGCAGGUGCAAUGGAAGGCUCUCAAAGCACAACUGAUUGCUGAGCGGACGAGGCUUGGAGACUACGCUGACCUGAAACAAUUCUACCGUGACCUCGAGGAGAUGGAAGAAUGGAUCAGUGAGAUGCUACCCACAGCCUGUGAUGAAUCCUACAAAGACCCCACCAACAUUCAGAGAAAAUACCUGAAACACCAGACCUUUGAAAAUGAGGUUUAUGGUCGAGCUGAGCAGGUAGAAGGAGUCAUCAACCUGGGGAACUCCCUGAUUGAACGGAGGGCCUGUGAAGGCAAGGAAGAGACCGUGAAGGAGCAAUUGGAAGAGCUGGAGAAACAUUGGGACUACCUGCUUGAGAAAACAGUUGACAAAGGACAGAAGCUCAAUGAGGCUAGUCGCCAACAGAGGUUCAACACAGGUGUUCGGGACUUUGAGUUCUGGCUUUCAGAGGCAGAGACUCUGCUGGCAAUGAAAGAUCAGGCCAGGGACUUGGCUUCAGCAGGAAACCUGCUUAAGAAGCAUCAGCUAUUGGAAAAAGAGAUGUUGGCUCGAGAGUUCUUCCAGGACCUAGACGAUGAGGAAUCCUGGAUAGAGGAAAAGUUGGUACGAGUGAGCUCCCAAGACUAUGGCAGGGAUCUGCAAAGUCUUCAGAACUUAGUGAAGAAGCACAAACGCCUGGAGGGGGAGCUGGUGGCACAUGAACCCGCUAUCCAGAAUGUGCUGAAUAUGGCAGAAAUGCUGGAAGACAAGGCUGCUGUGGGGCAGGAGCAGAUCCAGGAGCGGUUGGAUCUGUUUGUUCAGCACUGGGAGAAGCUCAAAGAGUUGGCCGAGGCUCGAGGGAUUCGGUUGGAAGAAUCCCUAGAAUACUUGCAAUUCAUGGAGAAUGCUGAGGAAGAGGAAGCUUGGAUCAGUGACAAAGAAGCUCUAGUUGCCCGAGGGGAUUCUGGAGACACACUGGCUGCAACUCAGAGCCUGCUAAAGAAGCAUGAAGCCUUGGACAAUGACUUUACAGUCCAUGAGACACGAGUGCAAAAUGUGUGUGCACGAGGAGAAGACAUCCUGAGUAAGGAGGAAAGUCAGAACAAGGAGAAAAUUUCUGCCAAGAUAGAGGCUCUAAAUGAAAAGACUCCUUCUCUGGCCAAGGCAAUAGCUGUUUGGAAGUUACAACUGGAAGAUGAUUAUGCCUUUCAGGAGUUUAACUGGAAGGCUGAUGUGAUAGAGGCCUGGAUAGCUGAGAGGGAAAAAAGCCUGAAGACCAAUGGCAAUGGUGCAGACUUCGCUGCCUUCCUUACUCUCCUAGCAAAGCAGGAUACACUGGAUGCCAGUCUGCAGAGCUUCCAGCAAGAGAGACUUUCUGAGAUCACUGAUCUGAAGGACCAACUAGUCACUGCUCAGCACAGCCAGACCAAAGCCAUUGAGGAGCGCCAUGCUGCCCUACUGAGGCACUGGGAACAGUUACUGGAAGCCUCUGCAGCCCACAGACAGAAACUGCUGGAAAAGCAGCUUCCUUUACAGAAGGCUGAGGAGCUAUUUAUGGAAUUUGCAAACAAGGCUUCAGCUUUCAACAACUGGUGUGAGAAUGCUGAAGAGAACCUGUCAGGUCCUGUGCACAGUGUCUCCCUGAAUGAGAUUCGGCAGCUGCAGAAGGACCACGAGGCCUUCCUGGCUUCCAUGGCUGGGGCUCAAGCAGACUUUAACUAUUUGCUGGAGCUAGACCAGAAGAUUAAGUCCUUAAAUGUGCCCUCUAGCCCUUAUACCUGGUUAACAGUGGAGGUGCUAGAAAGGAUCUGGAAUCACCUACCUGACAUCAUCAAGGAACGAGAGCAGGAGUUGCAAAAGGAAGAGGCAAGACAGGUGGAGAACUUUGAGAUGUGCCAGGAAUUUGAACAGAAUGCCAGUGACUUCCUUCAGUGGAUCCUGGAGACCAGGGCUUAUUUUCUGGAUGGAUCUUUGCUCAAAGAAACAGGAACUCUGGAAUCCCAGUUGGAAGCAAAUAAAAGGAAGCAGAAGGAGAUCCAGGUGAAGAAGCGCCAGCUGACUAAGAUUGAGGACCUGGGGGAAAAGUUGGAGGAGGCUCUGAUCCUUGACAUCAAAUACAGCACCAUUGGACUGGCCCAGCAGUGGGACCAGCUCUACCAGCUCGGGCUGAGGAUGCAACACAACCUGGAGCAACAGAUCCAAGCCAAGGACACCAUAGGUGUGAGUGAAGAGACGCUAAAGGAGUUUAGCACAACCUAUAAACACUUUGAUGAGAAUCUGACAGGGCGUUUGACUCAUCGAGAGUUCCGUUCCUGCCUGAGAGGACUCAAUUACUACUUGCCAAUGGUGGAGGAGGGUGAACCUGAGCCCAAGUUUGAGAAGUUCCUGGAUGCUGUGGAUCCAGGGAGGAAGGGCUAUGUCUCACUGGAGGAAUAUACCUCAUUCCUGAUUGACAAGGAGUCAGAGAACAUCAAGUCCAGCGAUGAGAUAGAGAAUGCUUUCCAAUCCCUGGCAGAAGGCAAAGCCUACAUUACCAAAGAGGAUAUGAAGCAGGCGCUCACCCCAGAACAAGUGUCAUUCUGUACCAUACAUAUGCAGCAAUAUAUGGACCCACGGGGUCGAAGCCAUCCUGCUGGCUACGACUACGUUGGCUUCACCAAUUCCUUCUUUGGCAACUGAUAAUCAACUAGUUCCUUGUGGAUCAUAGAUAAUAUUGCUGUGGUGGGAAAUAUUGGGGGAUGAAGUGGACAGGCAAUUGUGGAGAGUAAGAAGAUGGUGUGUAUGUGUGUGUGUGUGUGUGUAUUACGUUUAUUGCAGGACCUAAAAAAUUCACAAGCUUGGGAUGUGUAGGGGGUUAAUAGAGUUGGAAGAGUGGAGACUAUUGGGCUUAUUUUGUAUGCAACUAAUCAUGGCUGAUGUCUCUGUGCUUUAUUUUUUUGUGUGUUUUGCAUAUCUUUAUCAUUUCAUUUUGUUCUGCUUAUA